AUGUCUAGCAUGACCCUCCCAGAUGAUGUGAUCCAAGAAAUCCUUACAAGGCUACCUGCGAAAUCAAUAAUUAAUUGUAGGUGUGUUUGCAAGACAUGGUUUUCCUUAAUUUCUGAACGUGAUUUUGUGAAACGUCAUCUAGAUCACACUAUCCACAGCAAAAAACAAUCUAAGUUUAUGUGUAUCAUUGAAGACGCCACUAAACCAUAUUAUCCUCUAAUUAGCACCGUAAGUUAUGAUGAUACAUUAUAUUCCUCUUCUUUCAUGUCGGGGGAUGAGGAUUAUGUUGAAAUAGAUCCCCCGCUCAUAGACUUUGCUUAUCCAGUUCACUUUUUGGGGUCUGUUAAUGGUUUGAUCUGUAUCAUGUUUCAUACUAGUGUGGUUGAUGGGUUGGUGCCGUUCUUUGUUAUUUGGAACCCGACAACUAGAGAAUACAAGAUAUUACCCCCUUCACAAAAUAGAGUUACAGACAAGAAGGAGUUUUCUAUAUACUCUUUUGGUUAUGAUCAUAAGAGUGACAAUUACAAGCUUGUAAAAGCUGAAUUCUUGCAAGAUGGUUUUGUAGAAUUACCACCAACGAGUGAGGAAGAUGUUCAUGCAGCUGAGAUAUAUUCGUUAGAGUCGGAUUCAUGGAGAAUCAUUGAGACCAUCCCUUAUCAUAUGCUCAGGUAUGUCCCUUAUGAUAGUGUAUCCGGGGUGCUUGUUAAUGGAGUUCGUCACUGGUUAGCUAAAAGAAAGUACUUAACCAAGGGGCUAAAGGAGGAUUUUAUAGUCUCUUUUGAUUUCAGCGACGAGAGAUUCAAACAAAUGCAGUUGCCAAAAUCAUUCCAGAACAAAACUGCUUGGCGGCCUCUUUGGACCGUGGGAGUGUUGGAAGAGUGUCUAUGUGUGGUUAGGCAUGUUUGGGAGCCUUGUAUUCAAGUUGAGAUAUGGGUGAUGCAGGAUUAUGGUGUUCAAGAAUCAUGGACUAAGCGCUUUGUCAUUUGCUCUACGGAAACUAGAGAUAUUUUGAAUCUAGAUCCAGCAAGAGUGAUUUGGUCUUUCAAAGAUGAUAAGUUUCUUCUGUUGAAGAUUAAGGAUAAACGACAGUUUGUUUUAUAUGACCCAAAGCAAGAUACCGUGACAAGUUGUUCAAAAGUGAUUCGUGGAGCAGAAAAUUAUGUUGAAAGCUUGGUUUCGCUCAACUCUGAUAUUUAUGUCGGGAGUGCCCGAGAAUAUACCAACAUUCUACGUGCAUCUUGGACUAAAAGCUUGCGCCUCUUCGAUGGUUCAAAUUCAAGUUGUUUUGCAGGAAUUGAUGCAAUUAUCAGGAAUGACACUGAUGAUUUUGUGGCUUGCUAUGGGAAGCAGCAUAUUUUGGAGACCACAAAUAAUGCGGAAGAGGUUUGGGCCUUUCGUGAUGGUGUUAUGCUGGCUGAACAGUGGCGAGUUCAAACUGUGGUGGUGGAGACUUAA